GAGAAAAAAAUCAUGCAAUCAGCUGAUUGCUGAAAAAAGGAAUUCCGGAUGACAUUCCUUUUUUCCUAGUAUUUAUGUGAAAAUGUGAAGUCUAUUUAUAUCAAAUCAGUCAGUGUGUCGUGUAAAAAUCCCCGUACGUAAUCAAUCGAUCGAUUAGCACAGCCCGAGUGAUAUGAAAUAGAGGAGAAAUUCGUCCAGGAAGAUUGCCAGAAAGGAAACAAUGGAGCAAGAGAUUGAUUUAGACGACUGGAACGGCCCUCACAUCGACUUGCCGUCCCAGCAGUCCGAGGUGUUCCAGCACGUGAAUGUGGUACAAGCCACUUCGGACUUUCUCAGCGCCAUCACAAUUGCGACUUGCUUGGUGUCCAAGGUGCCGCAGAUUCGCAGGAUUGCGAACAUGAAGUCGACUGAAGGAAUCAGCACAAAAGCUCUGAUCCUCGAGGUCUGCAGCUACACUGUGACUUUUUCGUACAACUUCUGCAAGCAAUAUGCCCUGAUGUCCUACAUGGAGUACCCAAUACUCCUGCUGCAGGAGUACGUGCUGAUCUUACUGGUACUGAAGUACCAGAACCUCCUCAAUAGAAAGACCUUCAUCUUUAUUGGACUGUACACGCUCUGCACAGUCAUGUUCCUCACCAAGAUCUUGCCCAUGUGGCUCCUCACCGUACUCUUGCCUCUGACCACGCCAGUGGGAGCCACGAGCAAAGUGAUCCAACUAAUGGAAAUCUUGCGCACCAAAAACUCAGAAUCAGUGAGUCUCAUGACUUGGCUGUUGUCUUCCUUCACAAAUUGCACGAGAAUCUUCACUAUCCUGAUGGACUCUGCUGAUUAUAUGCUCUUGAUGAACUUCACGAUCUCUUUCUUUCUGAGUUUUGCCGUGUUUUCUACCGCUAAUCACUACAAGGGCUAUAAGUUGUCCAAGAUUGACUGAAGUUGGCUUCCGCGGGCAGUUUUCAUAGUACAUUUUUUAGUGUUUUAGAGAUAAAUUGACUUUUUGUGUGUUCACGCUUGCCUACAAUAAAGCGCGCUAAAUUAGUGAGGUUA